AAGUAAAAUCCAGACCUAGCGCAAGUAUGGAGUCUUUGCUCAAGUCACCGAUGAAACUUAUGCUUUUGACAGCAUGGCUCUCCACUCUGAUGGACCCAUGCAGCCUUUCUGACAUUUGUGAUUCUUGUCAUCAACAUGCAACGUGCAAGCCGCUGAAUGGAUCAAAUGCCUGCUUCUGUAACCAGGGAUAUACUGGAGAUGGAACAACAUUUUGCAAUGAUGACGAUGAAUGCCAGAAUGUCACUGGCAUCUGUGGGGAAGGGGGCACCUGUACCAACACAAUGGGCAGCUACUACUGCACAUGUGUCUCUGGAUUCAUGUCAACGGGAAACAUCAAGUUCCAGCCCAACGACGGCACCAAUUGUGCUGGUAUUGAUGAAUGCAGGCCAGGACGACUCUGUGGAACAAACUCACUCUGCCAUAUUACAAAUGGAUCUUUCUAUUGCACCUGUCAGCGUGAUUACAUCCCAAGCCCAACUUCAGGCAGUAAGCGCUUUAAUCCAGGGAAAGGUGUAAGUUGUAAAGAGGAUCCUCAAAAAUUCUGCCAUGACAACAGUGGAUGCAUCACACAGGCUGUCAACAAAACACUUGAAUAUAUAAGUAACUUCACGGACCCCCAGAGUCUACUGGAGGAAAUUGGCAAACAGACAUCCGGUGAACUCACCUCCGUGGAAGUGAUCGCAUAUGUGGAGGCCUUGUGUCGCUCUGCAUCCACCCUGGCAGCUGGAGAAAAGGAUUACGCUCUCAAUCCCUCUGUCAUCAACUCAACUCUUUCAAAAUUAGUAAAAGCGGUAAACAACCUCGUGGAGAAGGAUGAACUGGUGGCUUGGAACAGGAUAAAAGAAGAUCCAUUUACUGACCUAACUGAAACCUUUAUUAAAAAUACAAUAACUUUUGACUCCCUCCUGUCUUUGUUAAAUUCUUUGUGCUCAUCAGGAAGCGUGUCAGUGGUGUUUGUGCGAUAUGACAGAAUUGGUGAGAUCCUGAAGCCGAGCAGCGACCCGGGUCUCACCGACUACUCGCGGUAUGCAGGAACAGGGGAAAUCAUUGUCAACUCCCCAGUCAUAGCAGUAGCCAUCAAACCUGCUAACGUUUACCAGCUUGACCAUGUCACCUUCACUCUGAGACACACCGAGCCCGUAGACACUAAAGCUGAUGUGACGAAAUGUGCCUUCUGGGAGUACACGCUGGACAGCCUGCAGGGCCACUGGGCCACUCACGGCUGCAAGACCGUCCACGUCAGCAGCAAUGCAACCACCUGCUCCUGCAAUCACCUCACACACUUUGCUCUCCUCAUGUCAUCUGGGCGAGCCAAUCUGGUGGCCCACUAUACCAUCCUGACUCGGAUCACCCAGCUGGGGAUGAUCAUCUCCCUCAUCUGUCUGUCCAUGUGCAUCUUCACCUUCUGGUUCUUCAGUGAGAUCCAGAGCACCAGAACUACCAUCCACAAGAACUUAUGCUGCAGCCUCUUCAUGGCUGAGUUCAUCUUCCUGGUGGGGAUCAACAUGAACAGUCAUAAGCUUUUCUGCUCUGUUAUUGCUGGGCUGCUGCAUUAUUUCUUCCUCGCAGCCUUCGCCUGGAUGUGCAUUGAGGGCAUCCAUCUGUACCUAAUAGUGGUUGGCGUCAUCUACAACAAGGGCUUCCUGCACCGUAACUUUUACAUCUUUGGCUACGGGAGCCCAGCGGUGGUGGUGGCCAUCUCGGCAACACUUGGGUCCAAGUAUUAUGGCACUGAUAGAGUAUGUUGGCUGAGCACAGAAAACCACUUCAUAUGGAGUUUCAUUGGGCCCGCGUGUUUGAUCAUCCUGGUUAAUCUCUUGGCUUUUGUGGUAAUCAUCUAUAAAGUGUACCGGCAUACUGCUGUGAAAAAGCCUGAAAUCAGCCACUAUGAGAACAUCAGGUCCUGUGCCCGUGGUGCCUUGGCUCUGCUGUUUGUGCUGGGAGCCACCUGGACCUUCGGAGUGCUGCACAUCCUGCACGAGACCACGCUCACUGCCUAUCUGUUCACCAUCACCAACACCUUCCAGGGCAUGUUCAUCUUCAUCUUCCUCUGUGUGCUGUCCAGAAAGAUUCAGGAGGAGUACUACAGGCUUUUCAAAAAUGUGCCAUGUUGCUUUGAAUGCCUGAGAUGAAAUAUUGCAACCAGCGCCUGCUCAUCUGCACUGUACAUCAAUAAUCGACUUUACAGCUUCGCAGUAUCCUGUGACUCAUGCUUUCAGAUGUGGAAAAUUCUGUGGGAGGAAUUGUUUAGUACAGACGCCUGAUAAAUGAAAACCUGUAGCACUUUCUGAACAUCUUGUUUCUGCUUUUAAAGAGUGAAGUCAUUUAUGCAUCAUUUGUUUUAUAAUCUGGAACUUUUUGUGCAAUAAAAACACAACUUUCUCAAACAUUUCACACACACACACAAAGCAUCCUUCUGAGAUUAAUACUGGAAUCAAACUACCUUGUAUAUGUUUAUUUUAAUUUAACAUCUUCUUCAAUUAUCAGCUUUACCCUCCAAAUAGCCUGCAGUUUGUUGUCUUUGUUCUUUUCCUGUGUUUGAAAUUGAUUUGUAAGUUAUUAAAAUGAAAGUGGCAAACCAACGUAUGCUUUUAUGUGCAAAAUCAAUGGUCUUGUUUAAUGCCUUCUUUCACCCUGCCUUUCUGAACAAGUGUACAGUAAAUUAAAUAUGAAUUGUUGUUUUCAUCCUCUUGUGCCUAGCAGUCACUAGGCGGGCCAGUGGCUCCAUCUACUGGACAAAAGAAAGAACAGGAUUCUCGCUGUAAGCUAUAAUACUUAGCACAUAACCUCAAAGCCUAUUCGUCUGCAGGAUCUCACAAAUGCUUCUCUCUGUGUGUGUUUGUGUCUGUUUGUAGCGAGUUAGUACAUAUGAUCUGUGCUGUAGCAUUCUUUGUUCUUUCUUCUGGGCUGUAGGCUAUUUUAAGAAGCAUCU